AUGGUUUUGGCACAAGUCCUCUUAAAUAAGGAGCAGGCGCUGGAGCAAGAAAAAGAAAAUUUUGUAAAAGCGUUCAAGAUACUUAAGGAAACCAGUACUGAAAAUCUUAAUAAGGACUGUACUGAAAAUGCAGAAAUUGAUGUAGCAAGUAAUGAAACCUCAAAUGCGACCGAUACAAAAUUGGAAUUACAAGAGAACAGUAAAUUAUGGACGGAAGAAAGCACACUGAACUUAAUCAGUCUGUGUAAAAAGUAUGAUAAAGACUUUGAAAAGGGUGUGAAAAAAUAUAUAUGGAUAAAAAUUGCAAAAACACUUUCCGAGACAUACCAACAAAUAUAUACCGCUCAGCAGUGUGACACGAAAUUUAAAGCAUUAAAGAAUAUGUAUAAGCAAAUCAGAAAGCAUAACGAACAAUCCGGAAAUAACAAAAAGUCUUGGAAAUAUUUUGAGCAAAUGCAUGACAUCCUUUUUUCGAAACCCGAAAUAACUCCUUAUGCAACAUGCUCCAGUAAGAGUGGACUAAUUGUAGGUGGUACACCCAUUAGCAACAUUAAAGAUACUGAUACUUCAUCAAGUAGUUCAAAUAUGUGUGAAACUCAUCAAUCUACGUCAUCAUUCUCUAGAAAAAGAAAAAGGGCCGAAAAUGCAACUGAAAAACGACACCAGGAUAAAAUGGCGAGACAAGAUAGAUAUUUAGACCUAUUAGAGAGACUGACUAAAGCAGUCGAAAAAAGCAGCGAUGACAUUUGAUUUCCAAUUGUAAUAAACCGCAUUGACAGUCAUUCACUGAACUAUGAACAUUCCAGUUGAUUGUUGACAUUUGUUUGAUCUCGUAUUACAGUUUUAUUCGAAUUCGAGUUCGAAUGAUGGGCAACGCGACAGGAUAUAUAGGCUGUUUUUUUAAUAUUGCAAAAAAAAUUAACCACGUAUUCUACAUCGAAAAAUAACACUAAUUUGUCAAAUAAAUCAUGUUCCUAUAUCGUUUCGUUACAGAGAUACAGGGUGUUAAAGUUUCAGAAUCGAAACAAAAUCCACGUAUUCUUCCAAAACUGCUCGAGUUAUUUCAAUAAAAUUUUACAAACUUUGCCAGUCACUGAAAGUACUUUUUUCUCAACAAUUACUUUAUUUACAGUCUCACCAGUGGUGGCGUACUGGCAAGUGAAUGGAUGUUAAUAAAAAAAAAAUGGUACACAACUGGUUUUUCUCAAAAUAGAUAAUGUCUGGAUCGUAUGGUUAAUUUGAAAUAAAAAAUGUCUUGGAAUUUUUUCCUAGGAAGCCUCGUUUUGUAACGAGCAUUAAAACAAUUUACUCCCUAUUUAAGAAAACAUGCAAUUUUAAUAAUUUAAGAAAUACUAAUUAAAUAAUUAAAAAAUAAUAUAAACACUCCUUUGCUGAAAAAGCAUGUAAAAUUUUAUUUAAAAUAACUGACGGGUUUUGGAAGAACUAAUGGAUUUUGAUUAUAAAACUUUAUCACUCUGUAUAUCUGUAAUGAAGCAAUAUAGGAAUAUAUAGGGUGGGCCAUCAGAUGUUUUCUU